CCCUCCCUUCUCCCCCUCCGCCUCUUCCCAGCGCCGCUUUCUGGAAGAUUCGUAGAGGCUGUGGUGGUGUACCGUUACAUCGUGGUCGUUUGGAAUCCACAUCCAUCCGUCUUUUCAGAGUCCACGCAGACCCAGCUGAGUUUACCAUGCCAGAGAACGUAGCACCCCGAACCGGCGGGCCUGCAGGAGCUGCUGGCGGCCGCGGGAAAAAUGCCUAUCAGGACCGCGAUAAACCGGCCCAGAUCCGCUUCAGCAACAUUUCCGCGGCCAAAGCUGUUGCUGAUGCUAUUAGAACAAGCCUUGGACCAAAGGGAAUGGAUAAAAUGAUUCAGGAUGGAAAAGGUGAUGUGACCAUUACAAAUGAUGGUGCCACCAUUUUGAAACAAAUGCAAGUAUUACAUCCAGCAGCCAGAAUGCUGGUAGAGCUAUCUAAAGCUCAAGAUAUAGAAGCAGGAGAUGGUACUACGUCAGUGGUCAUCAUUGCUGGCUCUUUGCUGGAUUCCUGCACUAAACUUCUUCAGAAAGGGAUUCACCCAACCAUCAUUUCUGAGUCAUUCCAGAAGGCUUUGGAAAAGGGUCUUGAAAUCUUGGCUGACAUGUCUCGACCUGUAGAACUGAGUGACAGAGAAACACUGUUAAAUAGUGCAACCACUUCAUUGAACUCAAAGGUUGUCUCUCAGUAUUCAAGUCUGCUUUCUCCAAUGAGUGUAAAUGCAGUGAUGAAAGUGAUUGACCCAGCCACAGCUACUGGUGUGGAUCUUAGAGAUAUUAAAAUAGUUAAGAAGCUUGGUGGGACAAUUGAUGACUGUGAGUUGGUGGAAGGACUGGUUCUCACUCAGAGGGUGGCAAAUUCUGGCAUAACCAGAGUUGAAAAGGCUAAGAUUGGUCUUAUUCAGUUUUGCUUAUCUGCUCCAAAAACAGAUAUGGAUAAUCAAAUAGUAGUUUCUGACUAUGCCCAGAUGGACCGAGUGUUGCGAGAAGAGAGAGCCUAUAUUCUAAAUUUAGUGAAGCAAAUUAAAAAAGCAGGAUGCAAUGUUCUUUUCAUACAGAAGUCUAUUCUAAGAGAUGCUCUAAGUGACCUUGCAUUACACUUCCUGAACAAAAUGAAGAUUAUGGUGGUAAAGGAUAUUGAAAGAGAAGAUAUAGAAUUCAUUUGCAAGACAAUUGGAACCAAACCAGUUGCUCAUAUUGACCAGUUCACUGCUGACAUGCUGGGAUCAGCUGAAUUAGCUGAGGAGGUCAAUUUAGAUGGUUCUGGCAAACUUCUCAAGAUUACAGGAUGCACAAGCCCUGGAAAAACUGUCACAAUUGUUGUUCGAGGUUCUAACAAACUGGUGAUUGAAGAAGCUGAACGUUCUAUUCAUGAUGCUCUUUGCGUUAUUCGCUGUUUAGUGAAAAAGAGAGCCCUUAUUGCAGGAGGUGGUGCUCCAGAAAUAGAGUUGGCCCUGCGGUUGACCGAGUAUUCACGUACAUUAAGUGGUAUGGAAGCCUACUGCGUUCGUGCUUUUGCAGAUGCUAUGGAAGUCAUUCCAUCUACACUAGCUGAAAAUGCUGGCCUGAAUCCCAUUUCUACUGUAACAGAACUAAGAAACCGGCAUGCUCAAGGAGAAAAAACUUCAGGCAUAAAUGUCCGAAAGGGUGGUAUUUCCAACAUUUUGGAGGAAAUGGUUGUCCAGCCUCUGUUGGUUUCAGUCAGUGCACUGACUCUUGCCACUGAAACUGUACGGAGCAUUCUAAAAAUUGAUGACGUGGUUAAUACUCGAUAAUCUGGAUAAUACUGGCUGACUAUAAUCAUCGUGACCUAUAUUGAUGCAGCUGAAGUUGAAGAUUGCCCAGUGUACUUUCUUUGUGGAAAAUUGUUUCCUCUCAAUUCCUGGGCUUGGUCUUACAGUUCAAGUUUGAAAUUGUAUUGACACACUUUAAUGAAAACAUUAAAUGUUUGAUUUCAAAAGGCA